AUGAAACAUAAACGAGUAAGAGCUGCCGCGGUUGCACUGCCAGACGGACGCGUGUUUGUGAUAGGAGGUGAAGAAGUGAAAACAGAUCCGGAUGGAUAUAUAUAUGGUUCCCCGAUAUCCUCAGUGGAGAUGUGCCAUCUGCGGGAGCCAACAGACUGGCAAGGACCAAGAAAAUCGUCGAAAGACUUUUGGAAAGAUGCCGCUGACCUGCUAGAGCCACGUGCAUACCACACCGCGGUUGCAUUCAGGGACAGCAUUUUCAUUGCUGACCUUGGCUAUUAUUCGAGCAAAGUCGAGGUCUUCAACCUGCCCGACAACGAGCGGCCCUUGGGACAGUGGACGCGCCUCGCUAACUGGGACACGUGUAGAGGAACAGCCGCUCUCGUCGUAUGUCAGGACAGACUCUUUACUUUCCGUAAGUCCUUCUUCAUGCCAUCAGUUGAUUUUGCUGUGGUCGAGGAGCGAAUACUGGACAUACCUCACGAUUCGCAAUGGAUUCGUCCUGUGGUCUCUUUUCCUCCUUGGGAACUCAUCAUCACUUAUUGUCCAUACAGAUCCGUGAAUAUCUGUAUGAAAAAGCCAACUUGA